ACUGCCGUAUAAAGGCGCCGUGCCGUGUCGUUGCGGUAGUGGUCGUGUCGGUCUGUCUGCCUGGCCAACAGUCUGCCGCAUGUUUACCGUCGGAACAGCCAAAACUGAAAUUUCUUUUGAGUGUAUCUCUUUUGCUCGGCGUUGACUUGCCUGGAACGGAGAAGAGAUGGUGACUUUCACUUGUAAUAAGUGUGGAGACUCUCUGAAGAAGCAAAAGGUUGAAGUUCAUCGUUGCAAACCCUUCCACCUAACGUGUGUUGACUGCCUCAAGGAUUUUGGGUAUGACUACAUUAAACACACGGGCUGUAUAUCUGAAAAGGAUCGUUACAGCGCCACGGGCCUCAAUGGCGUAGCAUUAAAAAAGACCAAGCAGCAGCGCUGGCUUGAAACAGUUCAUGACUGUUGUAGCAGAGCCAUUGAUGAUGGCACUCCGGGCAUGAAUCCAGGCAUUUGUGACCUAUUUAAGUAUUUGCUAGAGGUAUCAAAUAUCCCUGAUAAACCGAAAACAUUUACUAAUUUUGUUAAAAAUUCAAGAAGAAGUGAGCCACUAAAAAAUAUUGAAUUUGUAUGGAGCCUUUUGGAUAAAGCUCGCACGGAUCUUGCUGCAAAAUUAAAUGCUGAAAAGGCAGCUGCUGAAGCUGAAGCUAAAAAGAAAAAGGCAGAAAUGAUGAAGAACAAGAAACAGGAUUCUUCUGAUAGUAGUAGCUCUGACUCUGAUUCUGACUCAGAAGAUGAUGAGAAAAGUAAGGCCCCUAAGAAUGGAGUUAAUGAGGUUGCAAGUGAAGUUGCCCUGUCCAAAAGUGAAAAGAAGAAAAAGAGAAUGAUGUCAGAAAGUGAAUCUGUUAUUAAUGGAACCUCUGAAACAAGAAAAGCCAAAAAAUCAAAGAAAAAUCCCAAGACUGACGAAAGUGAAGACUCUUCCAAUCUGAACAAUGCCUUGGACGCUUGUCAUUUGAAUGGAGUUGUAGAAGAAAAGCUAAGCAAGAAAGAAAAGAAAGAGCGUAAGAAAAGAGAAAAAUAUGAGGCUGAGCUGAAGACUUUGGAAUCUGUGAACGCAACUGAUGAAACUGAGCCUCAAGAUGAGCCUAUGGAACAGGUUGUUGAAGAAACGGAAACAAAGAAGAGUAAAAAGAAGAAAAAGGCUGAGCAGAAGAAUUUGGAAUCUGUUGAAGACGAGCCCGUAGAAGAGGUUGUUGAGGAAACUGAAUCUAAGAAGGGUAAAAAGAAGAAGAAUAAGAAAAAUGCAGAAGAAAUUGCUCCUCUCGAUGAAGAGCCUAGUGACACCAAGGACAAGAAGAAGGAAAAGAAGAGCAAGAAACAACAGCGACAGGAGGAAGCUGAGCGAAUUCAUGCUGAGAAACCUGACAAAAAAGGGAAAACUGACAAACUAGAAAAUGGAAAACUAAAUGAUACCCUGAAACUGGAUGAAGAUAAUGGAGCUGAAUUUUCCUGGGACACUGCCAUUCUUCAAGUACUUGAAUCUCAAUCAGACCAUGAAGUGUCUCUUAAAAAACUUAGCAAGAAGGUUCUUAAUGAAUAUUUAUGUUCAGUUGGAGAUGAUGCUUAUGUAGAUGAAGCUAAGAUCAUAAAUAAGUUUCACAAGAAACUGCAGAAGAUGCACAAUGUUUUAGUUCACAAAGACAAAGUUCGUCUUAAAACUUCAAGGGACUAGGUGUUUUCUGCUCUUCCUGACUUAUCUCACCUUCUUACUUAAAAUUUUUCAGUAAAAUUAGAAUUUGUCAUUUAAUUUGACAAAAUUGUAAAUGGCAAAUGCUGCGUUCUACUAAGCCCUAUUUUUUUUUUUUUUGCUUUUUUUUCUUUUUCAAUACGUACCUUUACAAACUAUCUAAUUAUUCCAGUGACUUUUUCUUGUACCUGUGAUUGCACUUUUUUGAACUGACCAGUGCGAAUCAAUGUUAACAGAUGUCUAGGUCCAAAAACAAACCAAUUCCAUGUACUCAUAAAUUGACUUAAGUUAUUUGUCUAGGUAUUAUUCUGGUUACUAUUGUAUUUCAGUGUUGAGGUUGCAAUAAAAACUCUUAUUUAUUGCUGUA